AUGUCCAAAAUCAAUCGAUUGUCGCUGGAUGAAGCCGUGGACCCGGAUGCUCAAAUAGCCGGAUGGGAUCAAACCAUUGCCGACAAGAAUCGUUCUAGCUCCUGGGAAGCACAGAGAGUUUCGAUUGCCUCCCAUGCAAUAGCCCACCGGACUGUUGUAUGUGGAACAACUUUGCAUGAUCCCAAUGACAACAAGUGGACAAAAUGGAAGAGAUCCUUUGCUCCCCAUCGCGUUUGUCGCGUGGCUUGCAACAAAGAUGGGAGCAUCAUUGCAGCAGCAAUUGACAAUGGGACAGUCGCAGUUCUCAAAGGCAGCAAUGGGGACGUUCUGGCUUCACGACGUGUUGCAUCAGCGGGCAUACGAAUACCAGCGGAGAUUUCUUUUGUUCGUCGGUCCGCCAUUGCAGGAACACAGCUCGACACCUUGGUCGUAGAACCGCCAGAAGCAAAUGUUCCUGCCAUCUUGGUAUCCCAUAUUGACGGUAAUCGAUUGAAUAACUCUGAAGAAGGAAUUGUCGAGGAUGCCGUGAAAUGCAUUGUAUUUCAUGAACUAAAGGUGAAGGAAGUCCCCGACAGCCGAGCAAUUCAGGGAUACUAUCGUAGCAGGCAACAAGUCAGAUUCGCAUUGGUUGAUGGGAAUGGCAACAUCGCCAUUCAUGAUUACAAUAUUGAAAGCAAAACUGGCUCGACGAUAACGAAAGAUGUCUCCGUCGGUGGUGACGAAACAGAGAAUUGGGGGGUUGAUUUUACGCUGGGACUAAGAAUACAACAUAUCGGAUCACAGCACAGCUUCCUUUUGUUUGCUGCAAGCUCAACUGAUGAAAGUCAGGUAGGAGUCUAUGACCUCGAAAAACUGAAAAUGGCAGGGAGUUAUGCUGUUUCAAAAGAUAGCAGUGGGAACAACACUCGCACACGCAUACUUGCACUCGAACCAGUCACGUCUUCCGCAGAAGUGACUUCGCUCGCAAUGGUGGUAGCAACCACUUCACCAUCCGGGAAAGAUGGUCUUGCACCAGCUAUUAAGUCGAGGCUAAUACAAGGAAGUGUCGACGAAAUCAAUGGAAAGAUUGGAGAACUACACCCUGUCUACUACAUUCCUGUGCCAAACACAGUCACGUCAAUGUCUAUUUCGCCCCUGCCUGACGAAGACAAGCCUUAUGCUUUUCGAUGUUUGACGUCAUGUGAGCAACAACAAUCAAUGGAGUGUCACGAAUUUAUUCCCAACGGAUCUUCCCUUGGAUCAAUCCGGCUGCUGGCGAGAACUAACCACUUUCGACAAGCAAACGUUAUUGUUGCCGAAAUUGGAUCCCAGACAUUGCAGGCAGAUCCUUUCGCACGAUUCCAUCCUUCUGAGAUUGCACUGCAGGAAUUGCAUGCGCUACUGUCCAGAGGGGGCGUCCGUGAUGCUGAAUCAGCAAGGCUCUCAAGAGCGUGCUUGAACCAGUUGUCCAAUGGGGCUUUGUCGGGGAACAGUCUUGGCACGCAAACUCUCCUAUCUGCAGCAGAUGCAAUUCUAAAUUGGCCAGAUGAAAAAGCUAUUCAGAGGGGCCAAACUACACUGUGGGAUGUAGUGGUUGGACUGCAGGGGAUCAUCGGUGGGAUUAAACCGGUUUCUACACAGCUUUCUGAAUCAUCAGAGCUCGAUGCUAAGACCAAUCAGUUGGAAGAGAGGCUGAUUGCGAUGCAAUACCUCCAAUCUAUAAUGGGGAAGAAUGCUCCUUUGAAUCCUCAGUUUGCGUCUGUUGUGUCAGUCAAGCAUAUGUUCGGUUGCCUCGUCCAAAGCGAGUGCUUUCCACAAGCGGAGCAGCUGUGGAGGUCUCCACUUCAACCAAAACUGAGUACUGAGGCAAUGGUUACGGUAAUUUUGGAUAUCUCGUCACAGAUAAACCCUCGGGAGUAUGCCAGUCUGUUGAGCGAGGUCGUUGUUCCUAGUCUUUCUAUCAAUCACGAACUCCUCCCUCCGCUUCUCGAAUGGUCCUGCCGCAUGGCCGAUGACUUUGACGAUGCUGUUGAGGGAGAUGGCCUUGAGAAUGCAAUUUUCCUUCUAGAAAUAUUGGAACGCGGAACGAAGGAACUUCGCGUUAAUGUGCACUCUUCUUUCGCAUCCUACACACCCUUUGUCGACAGAAUUAUGAAGAAGAAAAGACGGAUUGGACAGAAGAACUCUUACACGCCCCAUCCCAUGUCUGCAGAUCUCAGCUUUUCAAGUGUGAAGUCAAUUGUCCCUUCUCAACAAUCGGAGAAAGUUCCGACAGACGAAAGAUUGGAAGGCGAACAAACACCAGCACCUACUCUCCUAGAGUUUUCAACAAUGCGAAGAGGGGCUCAGAAGGCACGAGCUCGUCGGUAUUCAUCGAUCGAUACGAUCGACGAAAGUGAAGAUUGUGUAGAAUCGAAGCUGGUUGCAGCCCGGUGUCUGAAACAUGCACGAGAACUAGGCUUGGAAAAGAAACUGAUAACCCUGAGGACAUAUUCGAGUUGCGGUGGUGCACAGUUUAUUGCAAAGGAUCUUGUACGGCUAUUUUCUCAAAGCGCAAGAGACAACAAGCAACGAGGAGAGAUGCUUUCUUCUCAAUUCCAGUGGUUCUGCCUUGAAUCGUCAGCCAAUGCUGAUAAGGCUAUCAAACAAUAUACGAAGGACUUGUGUGGUGGAAACAUGACAACAAAAAGAGCUGUCGAUGAGUCAGCAUCACUAUCACAAUGUUGCAUGGCGACAAAGACAAAAUGCGAAGUCGUCCUUGUUACACUCCGAGCUGCAAAAUUUUGUCAUUACUCGCCCGAAUGGCUAUCAAAGCUCUCGCUUGAUGCGAUUGAGUGGGCUGCCGGAGAUUCGGCUCUGAGAUCAGAAUUAGAGGAAGCUUCAAGACUCUUGCUCAUUGAUGGGAUUGUCGGUCGUUAUUGUGGAGACGCGGCAAAGGAGCUCUUUCACGUGGACAAUCCACGACAUGCAAUUCGUCUAGCGGAGUUCAUAUCUCACCAACGUUCGAUUGAUGAGUCUGUUUUGUCAGAUACGUUAGCCCUCUGUGAUGCAUUUGGGCACUUGUCAAAAGAAGAGGUGUGCAGUCGUAUAAUUCAGAACAGGCUCUUGGAAGGUGAAAAAGAUGCCUGCUCAGCUCUAAUGGAGUUACUUUAUCGUCGAAAUUCUGUUCUUGCCAAGAAUGCGUUUUCAUGUGUGAUCUCAUUCUGCAUAGACAUCAUCGAAGAAGGACCGGGGGCAAGCCCAUUGCGGAAGAAACAAGUAAUGAAUGCGACAUCUUGCGCUUUCCAACUCUCGAAGACUGCUUUGACUUAUGUUCACUCUCACAUUGGCACAAAUUCGACGGGAUAUUCAUCUGCGACAUACGAUGAAUAUCGGCUACAAGAAAUGGUAGAGGACUUUCACCGAUUGGAAGUGCUGCAGACAAAACACGGUAUUUUUCUAUCGUUUGUCGACUUGGAUGAUCCCAAAGUCCUUGUCGACAAUGCAACAAGGUCCAUGGAGCCACUGGUCGAAUUAUAUGUUCAAGGCGACACGAAAAAUUCAAGCACGGUUACAGCCAGAGCAAAACAAAUCUGCUCGCUUCUGUCUGGUACAUCGAGGAUUUCAUUCAGUUCCCUUUGGCUUACUGCUGUUGGAUCCUUAGCCUGUAAAUUGGCCAAGAAAACGUUGGGUGUUCAAUGUCUGGAGUUUCUUUCUGAUACUGGUGUCCUAGAAUCUAUCAAAGACGAUCUAUCGUCUAGGUGCUGUUUGGCACUUGCGUUGACUUUCUGUGGAAAAGCAUUGAAACAGCACGGAUCUUUUGACAUCAAAUCCCGAAUGAAGUUUGUGGUGAUUUCAAAUUCAUUACUCAGAGACCUCUCCAUAACCCGCUGUUCCCCAGGACUUCUUGCUUCUGCAACGGCUACUGCAGAAUUGUGCGACAUGACGAGUCAGAUUUUGGCUCGCGCCGAUGAAGGUGUAGGCGAAGAGAUUGAUGAGUAUCGCAAGAUGUUGCACACAUUCACGGACAGCAAAAAUUUGUCCAACCCUUUCUUUACAAGCAACUCGAUUACGAAUGCAACUGAUUCCGCCUCCACGCAUCUGUCGCCGUUGCACCCUACGUGGUAUGUUGGUGAUGGUCUCCUCUUACCGCCCUCUGAAACACUGGAACGCGGACUAGAGUUCUGCAAGCGUUGCUUGGCAAAAUCUUCCAUGAUCGAUGCAGCAGCUAGCCUUUAUGCUUUCCUUGAGGGCCGCGGAGCUCAUUCCCUUGCUUUGAGAUUGCUCACUUACUCGACUGUGAUGGGAAUGUGUCAAGUACAAGGGGAUCGUCCAGAUUUCCAACGAUUGGAGGCUCUCGCAGCAACUCACACAAAAAGUCUUGUUGCAUUGACUGAACGUUCAUUGGGUGGCUCUGGCAAUGGUAUCCUUAGCGGGGUAGUAGACUCUCAACUUUCGGGGUCCUUUCUUUUGUGCCUUCCGCUGAAAAAGGCGUUCAAGGUAUACAAAUCUUCACUUCCGACAGCGAUGUCAACUCGCAAUUUUGAGCGACUGAUCAAGCUUGCAAGUAUCGGUCAGGCGAUUGGAACGAGUGGUAUCCUUCUUCCUCCGGGAAAUUCAAAGCUCGAUAAGACUUGGAAACGGCAGCAGAAGUUUGUGUCACAGUGUCGCCAGUUGGCUCUGCGGGCAAAAUGGUGGAAAAAGCUACAAUCCUUUGAGGUGCAAUUUGACCUUUAUCGCUUUGAGCAAGGUAGCAGUGGAUCAAAAGAAGAAGACAGAGGCAAAAACAAGUAUCCUGAAACUUUGCUGCCUUCAUUGAUAAGCAAAAUGACAGAAAAAGACAUAAAGAGUGGAAGAAUACUCCAAAUUACAAGUGAUUUUGCAGAAGCGUUUGGGCUAUGCAAAGAAAUUGCUACGAAGCGAUACGUCGAAUACUUGUUAUGUCCAGUGGAUAGCUUAAAGGAGAAGAACGGAAGCAAAAUUCGAUCAAGCCUGUCAACUUUGCAAGCUCUCUCAGAAACUUUAAUUCAACAGCUAGCAAGCCCUCUCGAUCGUCUCAAGAUUUUGAGAGCCUGCUCUAUCCGCCUCGAAGCAUCCGCCAACUGUCAGGACUACGAGAGGCUCUCUAUCGUCUUAUUUCUAUAUCGAAUGGAAUUGAACUCUUUUCUUCGUACAGCAAAUGAGAAACAUGCACUCUAUAAACCGGCUACGAUUGAACUUGAAUUGGUGGGUAGGAGGCUGGAAGCGCUGGCAUUACUUUCAUCUUUCAUGCAAGUUGAAAAUAAGCAACAGAGACCUACGAUGGAUAGUCUCUUCAGACCUCUUCCAUUGGCUUUGGACCAAAUGGAUCCCAAUGCAUCCAAAGUACCUAGGAUAAGCAUCCUUGGCGGACAAGAAGAUGGUGCUUUUGAUCCUCUGCGUCCACUUGAAGACAUAUUGAUUUCAAGCUGCGACAAAGCUCUCUCGACUCUUUCAUCACUUUGCCCAUUGCUGGGAGUUCCAACAGGCUACUUACACGCAAGGUCUUUGAUUUUGAGAUUCAAAAAGUCAAAGUUGGAAGGGGUCUCGUACCCUUCGUUUGAAGGUGAUGUUUUGCCGGUCCUCCAGAAACUGAAGUCCGCAGAUGAUAUGGCUGAUUUAGCGGAAUGGUGCUCCAAACAAUACACUUUUGAAGAUGAGGACAAGCUGCGAAGUCUUGAUCGCGCGAAGAACUUUGCGAUACAAGCAUCCAUUGAUGCAGAGAAAAAAUCUUCUACCUUAAGUUCUCAACACGAAUUUGAAGCUCUGGAACGGCUCAAACGUAUCCGAAGCGCCAAGGAGCUCCUAGUAGACAGAUUGGCGAUUAAUGCAAUUCUCAAUACGGUUGGUAUCAAUUCAGAGAGCUUCUGUACUCUAUCAAACAUUAUUGACGAUUUAAUGAAACGACUUGAUGAACAGGUCUGGAGCAAGUCCAAGUUUGACCCAGAGAGGUUUGUUGAAAUUUUCUUGACAGAGGCUUCCCUUCUCUCUGCAGAGGCAAGCCUCUGCAACCAAAGGGCACUUUCCAUUGCAAAGUUCCGGAAACUGUGCUGUCUAGUACAUCAAGCUUGCAAAUCUGUUGCCGAGAGGUAUUCACAUGUUCAUGUUGGCACCACGAUUCAAAAGUUAGCAAAACAGUGGCUAGCGCACGGCGACAAUUCGAUCUCCAGCGAGGAUACUAGAGUACUUUGUGAUGGUACAGUAACCACCAGCUUUGCUAAAAAUGACGCUGUGCUCCCUCUCUUCCCAGACAUCAUGCAGGAUGAAGAGGAUACAAUGAAUUUCGUUAUGGAUCUUUCUAGCCUGAAAGGGGAGACUGUCUGGUCAGCAAACAUUGGACCGAGUCAGAAUUCUGAACUUGAGGAAAAGAAGUACACCUCAGAAGAGGAGCCGAGCAGCCUCAAAUUCCCUGGCUCAUCAAGCGAAAUUUCAGAUUUCAACAGUCGAAGAACCGCAUUACGCAUAGCUUUUGUGAUGGCUUUUACCGAUGGUUACGAAGCCGACGAAGGCCACCAAGACACAGCCAAGGAGAAUAAGGAAUCAAACUCUAACAAGAGUUUUAAUACACAAGGGCAGAAGCAAAAGGGCAAAAAAGGUUUGCUUUCAAAAAUUGGACAAAGUGAAAGUGAAAAGCGUUGUGUUAGUGUCAUUGAGCAUAGCCGAGAUCUCCUUCGAGUUGUUUUUGCUAAACCAGGAAGCUCAGACGCCUUGGCUACAGGUUCCUUUGACGGGCAAAAUACAGUCACUUUUGCAAUGAGACAUCGUGCAUUAAGAGCUGCUUCAAUUCUCUGUCCACAGCAGGCAUUGGAAGAUGUGGUAGACGAAGAAAGCUUCCUUACUGCUGGCACGGCAAGCUCUUUGAAAAAAUGUUCAUUUGCUGCAUAUGUCGCCAAAGAGAUCGAAGAGUUGGGCUUGCCACUUCCUCAUUCAGAUCUAUCUCAAUUGAGCACUAUAAAUUUUCCUUCCUAUGCUCGCACUCUCUGGCGACACCAUCGCGACAACAGAACAAUCAAAGGGAGGUUGCUUCUACUAAUUGCGGAAAUGUAUUUGAAAGAACCAGUUCAAGACUACGGCUUCCUGUCGACUGUCCUAUUGGAGGUCGAGAAGUCAAGCCUUCCUCGAUCUCUCCUCCUUAUCCUGGAGUCUGCAAGCCAGUAUCUUGAAAGGAUGGAUAGCGGAAACGUUGAUUCUUUCUUUUCACAUAUUGGUCGAGAAAUCAUGCAAUGCAUGCGAUCGCUUGAGGAAAUGAUUGGCUUGGAGCACAAGCGGCUUCACGACACAAAAGAUGAAAGUCAAGUACAACUCCAAGAUGCUCUUGCGACGUCAAAGCGUAUGAGUGCCUUGAUGAAAUAUUUCUCUCAUGGGUCAGAGGGCCAGCAGUUCCUUCUACAAUAUGUCGAGUCCCAAAUCCUUCUGAGCGAAGAAGCUACAAGCAAAAUUGAAAAGAAGGAGUUGCUGAGUUGGGGCUUCAUUCAUCCUCCCACGGCUCGAAUGCUUGGAAAGAAAAUCAAAACCCAUACCUCCGAAUGGAGUAAUCGAACCAGUGACUACAGUCAAUAA